AUGAGCGCGUCAGCCAGAGCCGUCCAGAAUGCUUCUGCGCGGCAGACGCUCCGUACCGGGGCCUUCCUGCCCUUGAGGAACACCUUCACUCCAUCCCCUGCUCACUCCGCAUUUCUGCGACGCAAUGCCACAGACCUACCACCACAACUUCGAGCGCUCGCCAUACUCCUUCCUCGACGAGGCUACGCUACAGAGACUUCAACAAGCGGUGGUGCAGGGUCGGGAUUCCCACCUCCAGGCUUUAACGCUGAGCAAGCCAAGAAGCCGCUUCCACCCGAUGAUUCAAAGAAAUCUUCAACAUCGAAAGUUGCGUCAGAUGUAGCAUCAUCAGUUACUGACCAGACGACAGCGGGAAAAGCCGAAGGACAAGUCACUGGGGUCGCAAAGACGAAAGCCAUGGAAGACAGAAGCCUGAACGAGCUCGCUGCGGACAAGGCAGCAGCAGCUAAAGUGGAAGAGAAGAAGCUGGCAGAGUCCAAAAAGGAGCAACCGAAAUUAUCACUAUGGGGAAAGGUAAAGCGAGAAGUGCAUCACUACUGGGAUGGGACAAAGCUGCUUGCUACCGAGGUCAGGAUCAGUACGAAGCUCGCCGUGAAAAUGGCAGCUGGCUACGAGCUCAGCCGAAGAGAAAACCGGCAGUUGCAACGUACAGUGCAAGACCUGGGUCGGCUUGUUCCAUUCUCCGUUUUCGUUAUAGUUCCCUUUGCCGAGCUCCUGCUCCCCGUAGCGCUCAAGCUUUUCCCCAAUCUUUUGCCAAGCACCUACGAAGGUCAGACGUCAAAGGACAAGAAAGCCAGCCAUCUCCGAACGACGCGCAAGGAGGUCAGCAGUUUUCUGAGAGAUACGCUCAAAGAGACCGGUCUCCCAGUCAGCGCUGUCAACGCACAGAAGGAAGAAUUCACUGAAUUCUUCCGCAAAGUACGCGCCACUGGAGAGUCACCCACUCAUGCGGAUGUCGUCAAAGUCUGCAAGAUCUUCAAGGACGAUCUUACUCUUGACAACCUGUCCCGUCCGCAGCUGGUUGGCAUGACCAAAUACAUGAAUCUCAACGCUUUUGGCACAGAUAUGAUGCUUCGGUAUGCGAUCCGACAUCGUAUGCGCCAGAUCAAACGCGACGAUCGUGCCAUCUCCGAUGAGGGCGUCGAUAGCCUUUCAGUCCCGGAACUUCAAAUGGCAUGUGCUUCGCGGGGUCUUCGAACCCACGGCAUGAGCCCUGGCCGGCUACGAGAUGAUCUUCAAAUGUGGCUUGACCUGCGUCUCAAGUAUGGCGUCCCGUCCACGCUACUUGUCCUGAGCAAUGCCUUCAUGUACACUCAAGGUAAAGACUCGGAGAUCGCGUCCCAGUUCGACUCGUUACAGGCUGUCCUGUCAUCCAUCCCUGAGGAACUCUUCCAUGAGAUCGAGCUUGAGGUUCACAAUGCAGAAGGUGCUGCGACGAACAAGCAGAGACUUGAGGUUCUCAAGGAGCAACAAGAUUUGAUCGAAGAAGAAAAUGAACAAAAUGAGGAGAAUGGCGAGUCGGGCAGAUCGUCGCCAAAGGACACCGAGAACAUCGACGAAGAAGAUCAGAGGAAGGCUAAUGCUAAGGCUGAGCAGGAAAAGGGGGAGGGCCAGACUAACGAAGCGGCUGAGGCCGAGAGAGAUGCUGGUGAGGUGGAGAAGCAGGAACAGCAAGAGACACGGGACACGAGAAAGGAGCAGUGA